AGCAAUAAAAAGGCCCUCACAAAAGAGGAAGAAAGGACUCACCAUGCUUUUCUUUUGCUUCCUGUGAAAGGAAAAACAUUUUUCAAUGUUGAAUCGGAAUUAUUCUUUCGUCCUAACGUCCGUUUCCAUGUGAAAUUUCCUCAUUUUCUUUACCUUCUUCUUUUUCUGAAUCCCAGUUGCAGUCGCAGAGUGGCAGCAGUUAUAUAUAUUUUUAUUUUAUUUUGAAGUAAAACCAAGUCGUAAUCAUCACUUCGUCGCCCGGAAGGAAUCUUCGUUUCAGAAUCGGAAGCUGGCUUCUGAUUUCUCCAAGCAAAGAUGGCUAAGCGAGGAUACAAACUACAGGAAUUUGUGGCCCAUUCAGCGAACGUCAAUUGUCUAAGUAUUGGGAAGAAGGCACGUCGGCUUUUUCUUACAGGAGGGGAUGAUCACAAGGUCAAUCUAUGGACGAUUGGCAAGCCAACUUCUUUAAUGAGCCUGUGUGGUCACACUAGUCCAGUUGAAUCUGUGGCUUUUGAUUCAGCAGAAGCGUUAGUUCUUGCUGGGGCAUCAAGUGGAGGAAUAAAGCUCUGGGAUUUGGAAGAAGCAAAGAUGGUUCGCACUCUUACUGGACACAGAUCCAACUGCACAGCCGUUGAGUUUCAUCCGUUUGGUGAGUUUUUUGCAUCUGGCUCCAUGGAUACUAACCUCAGGAUUUGGGAUAUACGGAAAAAAGGAUGCAUUCACACAUACAGGGGUCAUAGCCGAGGUGUUAGUACUAUCAAAUUUACUCCAGAUGGCCGAUGGGUAGUUUCUGGUGGAUUUGAUAAUGCUGUGAAGGUGUGGGAUCUAACUGCUGGAAAGCUCUUGCAUGACUUCGGGUUCCAUGAAGGACAUAUUAGGUCCAUAGAUUUCCAUCCACUUGAGUUUCUUCUAGCUACAGGUUCAGCAGACAGAACAGUGAAAUUCUGGGAUUUAGAAUCGUUUGAAAUGAUUGGAUCUGCUCGAUGUGAGGCUACAGGAGUACGCUCAAUAGCUUUCCAUCCUGAUGGAAGGGCUCUGUUUGCUGGGCUUGAGGAUGGUUUAAAGGUGUAUUCAUGGGAGCCUGUAAUAUGUCAUGACACUGUUGAUAUGGGGUGGACCACUCUUGGUGACCUCUGUAUUCAUGAUGGGAAACUUUUGGGUUGCUCGUACUACAGAAAUUCUAUUGGAGUCUGGGCUGCAGAUAUAUCAUUUAUUGAGCCAUAUGGCACUGGUUUGGAACCCAAGAAUAAAGGUGGUGUGGAUCAGAAGCUCAGUUUUCAGGAGAAUCAACCAGAGAAAGUGGAGAUGGAUGUAGGACCAACUUCUGGGUUGCACUUUAUGUCUCCUGACAGUGAACCGAAAGAGAUAAAGAACAUAUAUAUCGAUUCUUCUGGAGGGAAACCUGUUUCCUUACAGAGAUCGGCCUCUUCCAAUUCUCCAAAAGUUGAUCUCAUGGAAGAUUCCAAGGAAAUUUGUAAUUUGGGAAUGCUGAAGCAGAGUCCUACAACUGGAGUUCACACAAAAUCAAAUGAACAAGCACAUAGGAAGUCUUUCUUUGUGCCAAACAUUGUACCUCGGGACAUUUCUGGUGGUAAUGACCCAGCUAAAACUGGGAAAGAAGCUAUCAAUUUUUCAAGGACAAAACCUGGGAUGCUACUCAAGCCGACUCAUAUACGGAGAGCAUCUACUGGAAUAAGUGAUGCAGAAAAAUUUUCAACAGAUGUGGGUUCUGGAACUUUUGAGAAUACGACAAGUAAAUUAGACAAUGUAGAAGAUCUUAACAAGCUGCGAUCUAAAGAUGAAGUCAAAGAUUCUUGUGAAGACAAAUAUCCUAUCAAGAGCGUAGCAGACAAAUUUGACAAGGCUUUUUCUCCACACAAACUCUCUGAACAGGAUUCACGUAAUGAGUCCAUCCCUUGCAAUGAGGAGAUUAGUCCAGUUAAAUAUGUCAAUGGAGUUGCCGUAGUGCGAGGAAGGACCCGUUCUCUGGUUGAGAGGUUUGAAAGAAAGAUAGAACUCAACAACAAAGAUCAAACUAACUCAUCCCUCACUACCAAAUGUGAAACGAGGGAAAUAGUUAAUAAUGCCAAUGAUGGUCAAAGUAAUCCCUCCCCCAACAUGAUGAGUGAAAGCAGGGAAAGAAUACACAUCAGUGAAGAUCCAAAAAUUACACUCUCCAUGCCUGCCACAUGUGAGGUUGAUAACUCUCAUUUGAUCACGAAAGUUGAGCCUCAAAUUUCUGAAAGGGAUUUGAACUCUGCAAAUGAAGGAGAAAUCAUUGAGGGUCUUAUGCGAACUCAUGAUCUAACUUUAAGUAAUCUUCGCUCACGUCUGACAAAAGUACAGGUAACUUUAGCUGCAUGCUUGUGUUAACAAUUAUUAUU